AUGACUGAAUCCGCCUCUAGCACAAGUGGUCAAGAAUUUGAUGUAUUCAGUGUUAUGGAUUGGAAGGACGGAGUAGGUACAUUACCAGGAAGUGACUUAAAGUUCCGUGUAAAUGAGUUUGGAGCCCUGGAAGUUAUUACAGAUGAGAGUGAGAUGGAAAAUGUUAAAAAGGCAACAGCGACUACAACUUGGAUGGUACCGACUGCUCAAGAAGCCCCGACCUCUCCCCCGAGCUCCAGGCCCGUAUUUCCACCUGCCUACUGGACAUCUCCACCUGGAUGUCCCACAGUCUUUUCUGAGAAGACUGGAAUGCCUUUCAGGCUGAAGGACCCAGUGAAAGUAGAAGGGCUUCAGUUCUGUGAAAAUUGUUGUCAAUAUGGCAACGUAGAUGAGUGUCUUUCUGGAGGAAACUACUGCAGCCAGAAUUGUGCUCGACAUAUCAAAGACAACAGAGAUCAGAAGGAAGAAAGGGACAUGGGAGAAGACAACGAGGAAGAAGAUUCUAAGUGUAGUAGGAAGAAAAAGCCAAAGUUAUCUCUGAAAGCCGACUCCAAGGAGGAAGACGAGCGGGAGGAUGAGAUGGAAAACAAACAAGAUGGGAGAAUUCUGAGGGGUUCACAGAGAGCCCGAAGGAAAAGACGAGGUGAUUCGGCUGUAUUAAAGCAGGGUUUGCCUCCUAAAGGAAAGAAAGCUUGGUGCUGGGCGUCCUACCUGGAAGAGGAGAAAGCUGUGGCCGUGCCGGCAAAGCUGUUCAAGGAGUAUCAGUCUUUUCCAUAUAACAAAAAUGGGUUUAAAGUUGGCAUGAAACUAGAAGGCGUGGACCCUGAACAUCAGUCUGUGUAUUGUGUCCUGACUGUGGCUGAGGUUUGUGGAUACCGGAUAAAGCUGCACUUUGAUGGAUACUCUGAUUGUUACGACUUCUGGGUAAAUGCCGAUGCUCUGGAUAUCCAUCCAGUUGGGUGGUGUGAGAAAACUGGCCAUAAACUCCAUCCUCCAAAAGGAUAUAAAGAAGAAGAAUUUAAUUGGCAGACCUAUCUUAAGACAUGCAAAGCUCAGGCUGCUCCCAAGUCAUUAUUUGAAAAUCAGAAUAUAACAGUGAUCCCGUCAGGCUUUCGAGUUGGAAUGAAGCUUGAAGCUGUAGACAAAAAGAACCCUGCAUUCAUCUGUGUUGCCACGGUAACAGAUAUGGUGGACAAUCGUUUCCUCGUACAUUUUGACAACUGGGAUGAGAGCUAUGACUAUUGGUGUGAAGCCUCUAGUCCACACAUUCAUCCAGUUGGUUGGUGUAAAGAGCAUCGAAGAACGCUCAUUACUCCUCCAGGUUAUCCAAAUGUGAAACAUUUUUCUUGGGAUAAAUACUUAGAAGAAACCAAUUCUUUACCUGCUCCUGCAAGAGCUUUCAAAGUGAAGCCACCACAUGGAUUCCAGAAAAAAAUGAAGCUUGAGGUCAUAGACAAAAGAAAUCCCAUGUUUAUUAGAGUAGCAACAGUUGCAGACACAGAUGAUCACCGAAUAAAAGUUCACUUUGAUGGCUGGAAUAGUUGCUAUGAUUACUGGAUAGAUGCAGAUUCUCCUGACAUUCACCCUGUCGGUUGGUGUUCAAAAACUGGGCAUCCUCUUCAACCUCCUUUGAGCCCCUUAGAACUGAUGGAAGCCUCAGAACACGGUGGCUGCACAACCCCAGGAUGUAAAGGGAUUGGCCAUUUUAAGAGAGCGAGACACCUGGGCCCUCACAGUGCUGCCAACUGUCCCUAUUCAGAAAUCAAUUUGAAUAAAGACCGAAUUUUCCCAGAUCGUUUAAGUGGUGAAAUGCCUCCAGCUAGUCCAUCGUUUCCAAGAAGUAAAAGGGCAGACACAAAUGAAAUCUCUUCGUCUCCUGAAACCAGAGACCAGCGGGCUGAGGAUGUCAAAGAAGACUUUGAAGAGAGAACAGAAAGUGAGCUGAGGACACCACAUGAAGCCAGAGGUGCCCGGGAAGAGAGCAGCGCACAGCAGGCGCAGCGUCGGUCAGCUGUCUUUCUGUCCUUUAAGUCCCCAAUUCCAUGUCUGCCCCUGCGCUGGGAGCAGCAGAGCAAGCUUCUCCCCACGGUGGCUGGCAUUCCUGCCAGUAAAGUUUCCAAAUGGAGUACGGAUGAGGUGUCAGAAUUCAUACAGAGCUUACCUGGAUGUGAAGAACAUGGGAAGGUAUUUAAAGAUGAACAAAUUGAUGGAGAGGCAUUUCUGCUUAUGACCCAAACAGACAUUGUGAAAAUUAUGAGCAUUAAGUUGGGCCCAGCGCUCAAAAUUUUCAAUUCUAUCUUGAUGUUCAAAGCUGCAGAGAAGAACUCUCACAAUGAACUUUGA